AGACGGAGGGCGCGCGCCGCUCCGGCGUCACGUGACGAGGCUCGCCCACGUGACCCUUGGCCCUGGCGCUUGCGCUCGCACCCGGGUUGCGGAGGAGGAGCCGGCUACGGCGGCGGCGCUGAGGAGUCCGGGCCAGGCGGGGCGGCCUGAGAAGUAGAGCGUUGCUACGCGGAGGUGCCGGCGAGCGGGCGAGCUAGGGAGCCGGGCGGGGCCUUGCUGAGCGGCUGCGGAGUCCGCGCCCUCCUGAGGGCCGUGCGCACCGGGCGCGUUCGCGGCUCCCCGGCGACGCGCACUCCGCGCCCCGGGACUCCGUCUUGCGGGAACUUCACCUAGGUGUGCGGCGGCGAGCCGGGUGAAUGGCGUAGCCCGCGGCCUGCCUCUGAGGAGCCGCGCUGCCGCCGGUCCUGCUGGAGAGGAACGCCAGGCACGCAGAAGCUGAGAAGUCUGCGAUCUUUAUCCAAGAGAGUCGUGCAGUUGAAUUGCUCUUUCUGUAUCUGGUACUUAAAAGGAAGCAUACGAAACAAAGGAACAGGCCUGUUUUGAAAGUUACAGAAGGAUUUGACCCUGAAUGAUCCAUUUCACUAAUGCAGAGAUGUUAGUUUAUUUAUAGGAAUCACCACCCAAAGCCACAGUCAUGGUGGACGUAGGAAAGUGGCCAAUCUUCACUCUGCUCUCGCCCCAGGAAACCGGAUCUAUCAGGAAAGCAUGUGUCUUUGGCACCUCGGCCAACGAGGCGAUCUAUGUCACUGACAAUGAUGAGGUCUUCGUGUUUGGACUGAACUAUAGUAACUGUCUAGGAACUGGAGAUAACCAGAGCACUCUGGUGCCCAAGAAACUGGAAGCUUUGUGUGGAAAAAAGAUCAAAAGCCUUAGUUACGGGAGUGGUCCCCAUGUCCUCCUCACCACUGAAGAUGGAGUCGUCUAUGCCUGGGGCCAUAAUGGAUACAGCCAGCUGGGGAAUGGGACCACCAACCAAGGCAUUGCUCCUGUCCAAGUCUGUACUAAUCUCUUGAUCAAGCAGGUGGUUGAAGUGGCUUGUGGUUCACAUCAUUCGAUGGCUUUAGCAGCUGAUGGAGAGUUGUUUGCUUGGGGCUAUAACAACUGUGGUCAGGUGGGAUCAGGAUCUACAGCAAAUCAGCCAACUCCGCGGAAAGUUACUAACUGUUUACAUACCAAGAGAGUGGUCAACAUUGCCUGUGGUCAGACCUCAUCCAUGGCUGUUCUGGACAGUGGUGAGGUGUAUGGCUGGGGCUACAAUGGCAACGGGCAGCUGGGCUUGGGAAACAAUGGCAACCAGUUGACCCCAGUGAGAGUGGCGGCUCUGCACGGCAUGUGUGUGAACCAGAUUGUCUGUGGUUAUGCACAUACACUAGCACUCACGGAUGAGGGCUUGCUCUAUGCCUGGGGAGCUAACACAUACGGGCAACUGGGGACCGGAAGUAAAAAUAACCUGCUGAGCCCAACGCAGAUCAUGGCAGAAAAGGAAAGGGUCAUAGAGAUUGCAGCCUGUCACUCCACCCACACAUCUGCUGCCAAGACGCAGGGUGGGCACGUGUACAUGUGGGGCCAGUGCCGGGGCCAGUCAGUGACCCUGCCACACCUCACCCACUUCUCCUGCACCGAUGAUGUGUUUGCCUGCUUCGGUACCCCGGCUGUCUCAUGGCGCCUCCUGUCUGUAGAGCAUGAAGACUUUUUAACAGUUGCAGAGUCACUGAAGAAGGAAUUUGAUAGUCCAGAAACUGCUGAUCUAAAGUUUCGAAUUGAUGGGAAAUAUAUUCAUGUCCAUAAAGCUGUUUUGAAAAUUAGGUGUGAGCACUUUCGGUCCAUGUUUCAGUCCUAUUGGAAUGAGGACAUGAAGGAGGUGAUAGAGAUAGACCAGUUUUCUUACCCUGUGUACCGUGCCUUUCUCCAGUACCUCUACACAGACACAGUGGACCUGCCACCUGAGGAUGCUAUAGGCCUUUUGGACUUGGCAACGUCGUACUGUGAGAACAGACUCAAGAGGCUUUGUCAGCACAUCAUCAAGCGAGGAAUUACUGUGGAGAACGCUUUCUCAUUGUUCUCUGCUGCAGUCAGAUAUGACGCAGAGGAUUUAGAAGAAUUCUGCUUUAAGUUUUGCAUCAAUCAUUUGACAGAAGUUACUCAGACUACGGCGUUCUGGCAAAUGGACGGUCCCCUGCUAAAGGAGUUCAUUGCUAAGGCCAGUAAAUGUGGAGCCUUUAAGAACUGAAGCCAAGGCUGCGCUGGGUGUGAGACUCUGGGGCGCUGGGUGGGAGAGCCCUGGGGCGGCGCUGGGGGAGGUGAUUCUGCAGGUGAAACCCCACAUCAGAAGUAGGGCUCUGCAGGAAUAUGUGAAGAACAUUGGCUUUUUGUGAGUCUGGUUUUUACAACUCUUGUUUCUAGAUACAUGUAUUUUACAUGUGUUUUUCUUACAUUUGACUGAACAUUGGAAAAGGAUGAAAGUUUACAUGCUUUUGUUCUUUUAAUUUUAAUGAGAAGACUUUUUAAACUUGUAUUAAGAAAGUCAGUAAAACAUCCCUGGACCUUUGUCCACAAGCCUUUUCACACGGCCUGUGGAGGGCGGGCCCUGACCAGUGCUCCCUGAGGGCUGCUCACCAUCACCAUCUUCCUGUGGGGGCACCAGCACUGUGGGGGUCUGAAUAUACACUAAACCCACUUAAAGAGUCUUUAAGAAAUAUUUAGGUUUGCUGAGAUGCUCUUAAGGGACAGGCACCUAGGGCUGGAAAGAUGGCUCAGCAGGUAAGGGCUCUUAGCACUAAGCCUGAUGACUCCACUUGAAUCCCCAAGAUCCACAUGGUGGAAAGAGAAAGCUGACUUACAGGUUGUCCUCUUCCUGAUACACAUGUACCAUGUCUACACACAGGCACAAUAAAGGAGAAGAAUAAGAAAUGAAAGAUUGAGGUACCUAUAGAGAAGAAACGAGAAAUGCCUAUGAGAAGCUGAUGAUAAAGGACCUCUGCUUGGGAGAGGAGAGUGUUCCAGAAAUUAGAGUCUCCCCUGAUUACCCAACAGUGCUUCACUAGGGCUGUGUCUGAGAUCAGGGUGCACACCACCCUCCCCUCUCCCUACAAUCACUCACAAACACACUCUACACAGCUGCUCUUUUCUGACUUGAUGUGAUUGUCAAAGCCACGCUUCUUACAGGACUCCAUAGAAUGCUCACUGUUUUAGGUGCUGGGAGGAGUCUGGGCCAGAUUCCAUCAAAACUUAAUUGAAGUUUCACCUUCACCUCUCCAGUUUUUGUUUCUCUCUUUCUAUAAUUGUGUUGGCAAACCAUCUGUCAUACAUUAAGCUAGAGCUCCCUAGUCAUGCUUUUCCUGAGAAGCUCAUUUGUAAAAGACUAGAUCAGGCUGGAUGGUGACUAAGGCACCGAAGACAGGCAGGCAGUUGACAGACAAGAUAAAUAGGAACUAGAGCUCAAAGCCCUCUUCCUGAUCAUGUCACAGUUGUUGCCUGGUGCAUUGGCGAGUGACAACAGCCUCCUCAGUGACGGUUUUCCUGGCCAGGAUGAUGAGUGGACAUGAAUUUGAAUUGCUGUAGGAGAUCUUCUGUAGAAUUACACUUAUGUAGACUUGGGGCCUCAAAGCAGAAACUUUAGAACAUUUACUGGUGGUCUUACUUGAAAAUUUUCUCCACAGAAAAAGCACAAAUUGCAGCUGCAAAUACACACCCAUAGACAGUUCACCUGACAAAAACAGACUGAGUUCCUGAUCCAGCUGAAGACACACUUUUAGCUUGCUGAGCAGCUAGAGUGAGUGAGUGAGUGAGUGAGUGAGUGAGUGAGAGUGAGUGUGUGUGUGUGUGUGUGUGUGUGUGUGUGUGUGUGUGUGUGAGAGAGAGAGAGAGAGAGAGAGAGAGAGAGAGAGAGAGAGAGAGAGAGAGAGAGAGAGAGAGAAAGUAUGUAAGUGGGUAUGGGUGUGAAAGAAAAGUCCGUUAAAAAGGUGUUGCGAAUUUUUUUUUAAAUGCAAUCUUUUUAUUUUUCUACUUGGGUUUGGUUAUAAUCAUAGAAAACAAAAAACUAAUCUUGAAAUUGGUGUUUUCUUCUGAUAUAAUAAUGGAAGCCAGAGAAGUCACAUUUCUUAAAAGAGCCCAAACUGUAUCCUCGAAGUUACUGGAACAAGUUUUUAUGCUUCAGUAAUCAGGAUGCAUUUAUGUAAUUUCUUGGUUGACAUGCUAAUAAACUAUCUCUUAAGGCA